CCCCCUGUACGCGCUCGGCUGGGUUCGACUCGGCAGGACGCGGCGGCGGCGGCGGCACCACCACCACUCUCGCUCCUUUGUGCUCAGGGGACGGCCUCUCGGGUCCUCACCCGCGCGUCCUCUCGGCCAGCUAGCCCACGCUCUCCGGUGACGGACCAUGUCGACGGCAGGAGCGGGCGCAGGCGUGGAGGCGGGCUUCUCCAGCGAGGAGCUGCUGUCGCUCCGCUUCCCGCUGCACCGCGCCUGCCGCGACGGGGACCUGGCCGCGCUCUGCUCGCUGUUGCAGCAGACGCCGCGCGCCCACCUGGCCGCCGAAGACUCCUUCUACGGCUGGACGCCCGUGCACUGGGCCGCGCACUUCGGCAAGUUGGAGUGCCUGAUCCAGUUGGUGAGAGCUGGGGCCACCCUGGACGUGUCCACGACGCGCUACGCACAGACCCCAGCCCACAUCGCUGCUUUCGGGGGACACCCUCAGUGCCUCCUCUGGCUGAUCCAAGCCGGAGCCAGCAUUAACAAACCGGACUGUGAGGGUGAGACCCCCAUUCACAAGGCGGCCCGCUCUGGGAGCCUGGACUGCAUCAGCGCCCUGGUGGCUAACGGGGCUCACGUUGACCUGAGAAAUGCCAGUGGCCUGACCGCAGCAGACAUUGCUCAGACCCAGGGUUUCCAAGAGUGCACCCAGUUUCUCUUGAACCUGCAGAAUUGUCAUCUGAACCGUUUCUAUAGUCACGGCGCCUUAAACGGGGGCCACCAGAACAUAUUUCCUAAUCACACUAGUGUGGGAGCACAUCGCAAGAGAUGCUUGGAAGACCCGGAACCCUUUGGAGUGAAGAAGGCGAGAACCGAAGCUCAGAGCUCGGGCUGUGCCGUGCCGCUGGACAACGGCGAGACGGAAGACGACGCGGACAGAAUGCUCGUCGACAGAGAGUGUGCUGCCGUAGCAGAUGUGAAAAACAGUAGCUCCGUGUCGAAUACAGUGACAAACGGCUGUGCCAUCAAUGGACACUUGGACUUCCCCUCUGCGACGCAGCUCGGUGGGAUGGAGAGCAGGAAUGGCCCGUGCUUGGCAGGACCUAAUGGGAUUAGCGAUGGAUUAGCUCCAGGGCGGCCUUUUCCCAGCAGCCAGGGUCCCGCUUGUGUCAACGGGACUGAGGAGCCCGGAAAGGCCGCGAGCGCGGACAUGUGCGGCUCGCUGCACCUGAACGGGAGCCCCAGCAGCUGCGUGGCUAGCCGGCCCGCCUGGGCGGAGGACGUCGAGGAGACCCUGCAGUACGGCCACUACCACGGCUUCGGGGACACCGCCGAGAGCAUCCCCGGCCCCGCGAAGGCGGGGGAGCGGCCGGGCGGCGGCGCCCUGGGGGCCAUGCACCUGUACCACGGCUCGUAGAGGCCCCCGGCAGCCCGCCGCUGCUCGUGGAGCGUCGACUGAGAGAAUGCCGCGGCGUGGGCUCUUUCUUUUUAUACUUCAGCUUUCUGAAAAAAAACCAGCUUUAAUUUGAGAAGUUCCUCCGAGUCCCUCUGGCCUGACGCGUAGGGCUUACGUGCACAGCUGCUGCCGCCACGGGCGGCGGGGGGGCCUGUCCUGGAGUUUAAGGUUUCUCCCGCCUCGCGUCAUUUGCCAUCAAUUGCCAUUAUUCCUUCAGUCGAAUUAAACUCUCUCUGGUCGAUGUAAAUGGGGGGCCAGGAAAUGAGGUGCCUGGUGAUUUAGCUCCUGCACACAGUCCUUUUGAAAAGCUUCCUUUUGCUCUUUCCUGGAGAAUUUAUGACAGCAGACAGCUCUUUCCCUAUGCAAAGUGCAGCCUUAUAAAGACUUCUUGAAGAAAAGAACAUUUGUCUUUUUCAAAGUGUUUUCAUGGAAACUUUGCAACUUGCUGUGUGGGGAGGCCUUGCUUAGAGGCGCAUCAUGGUUUGGGGGUGUGAGCGCCCCCUCUUUAAAGCCGCAGCUCACUGCCCUGGGUUCCACUGAAAGCACGCGCAGCGCGCGGCCGACCUGUGACAUGACUCCACAUUUCCUGCUUUGUCUCUAUACUUCGUACCACGGAUAACGGUUCCCUUUCUAUGUAGUGGAAAUUACUCUUUGUAGGAACUGCCAGGUCAGAAUGUUUAACUGACUUUUUGACUUAUAUAUUUUUUUCAUUUUUGGUUUUUGGGGUUUUCUGCUUUAAGAUGUAUACCACUCUGUAUAUCCAGCCAACUGGGAGGGUUUGGGAUUUCUCUUAAUAAGACUGCACCAAGUUCAUGGUUUUAUAGAAAUUAGCUUUUGUUGAGGCAACUAGUGGUCACACUGUGCAAAUAUUGUAAUGAGUUUUUACUUUUCUGAUUUUUGUAAUGAAAACUGGUGAAGAUAGAGAAAACGUCAGAUGAACAAACCCAUGUUCUAAGAGUGUUACUAACAUGUUUUUAAACCGUCCUUUACACAUUGAAUAAAAAACUCUCACACUCAA